ACACAAAAAUAGGUCGUAUGAAGAAAAGAACAACUGCAUCAAAUCGUAAAGGCGCAAAGCAUGUCUUGCCUUCUCUUGAACUCAAUGAGGAACAAAGAAACAUUUCAGGCUCUUUAAGUACCCCAAGUGUCUCAAGUAUUCCAAGUAACUCAAGUACUCCAAGUACCUCAAGUGUCGCAAGUAGCCCAAAUGUCUCAAGCGGCCCAAGCAGUUCUCAGAUAGAAUCAAAUAUACAAGUUGCCAAAAACGUAGCUGUAGAUCUUUAUUCAGUUGAACCUCAUUCAGAUGAACCUCAUUUAGACGAACCUUAUUUAGACGAAACCUGCUUAGAUAUAUUAGAUGAUAACGAUAUUUUACCUGAUCCAGAUUUGGUUGAUGAUGAGAAUAUUGACGAUAUUUCAGAAAAUGAAAUGGCCAAUUCGAAUACAAAACGAAAAGAUAAUAAAAUUGCAACCGAAUAUAUGAAU